GCCCGCGUUGCCCGGCCCGGGCUGCGCCGUCGGGGCACGGGGGGACUCGCCCCCCCCCGGGGGGGCCGUCCCGUCCCUCCCCCGCUCGCCCCUGCCCCGCAGCGCCUCGGCCCUGCGAGCCAAAGGGGGUUCCUACAUCUUUAAAUGGGAUGUAAUAUUUUGGGAUGGGCUUUUUUCAUAACGUCACUUCAUUCCUCGCUCCUUUUUUUUUUUUUUUUUCCUUUUUUUUUUUUUUUUUUUUUUUUUUCAUUUUCUCAUUCUUUCUUUUCACCCUCUCUCCGCUGCCCGUGUCUCGGAUGGAGCCGCUUCCCCUCUAACUUCCCCGCUGCCCGCCGCCCCUGCCUUCAGGCUGGGUGCGGACCCCCCCGACCCCCCCCCCGACAAGAAGAUGAGCCUUUUGCCUUUUUAAAACGCCCCCCCCCCCCCCCCAACAAAUAACAACAACAAAAAUUAAGCGCUUCAUUUUCCAGGGGGUGAAAUUUUGCUUUUUAUUUUUCUUUUUUUUUUGGGAGGGUGGAAGUUGGACCCUUUUUAUUUCCUCCUCGGCCCCCCCUCCCGCGGGGCCGCCCCCCCCUGCCCGGCCGCCCCCCCCCGGGCCCCGCAGAGCCGCUCCGGAGGAGAGAGAGAGAAAAAACGCCCGGACUGCUCCAGCCUCCGAAAUGACUCAGUAACUUUUACGCCUCGAGUCUCAGCCCUGCAAUUAGCCACUUUCCCAGCACGGCUCGGGAUGUAUUCGUCUCCUCUCUGCCUGACCCAGGAUGAGUUCCACCCCUUCAUCGAGGCGCUGCUCCCCCACGUCCGGGCCUUCGCCUACACCUGGUUCAACCUGCAGGCCCGCAAGCGCAAGUACUUCAAGAAGCACGAGAAGAGGAUGACGAAGGACGAGGAGAGGGCGGUGAAGGAUGAGCUGCUGAGCGAGAAGCCGGAGGUGAAGCAGAAAUGGGCCUCGCGCCUCCUGGCCAAGCUGCGCAAGGACAUCCGGCCCGAGUGCCGCGAGGACUUCGUGCUCUCCAUCACGGGCAAGAAGCCCUCGUGCUGCGUCCUCUCCAACCCCGACCAGAAGGGGAAGAUGCGCCGCAUCGACUGCCUGCGCCAGGCGGACAAGGUCUGGCGGCUGGACCUGGUCAUGGUCAUCCUCUUCAAAGGGAUCCCGCUGGAGAGCACCGACGGCGAGCGCCUGGUCAAGUCGGGCCAGUGCACCAACCCCAUCCUCUGCGUCCAGCCCCACCACAUCAGCGUCUCCGUCAAGGAGCUCGACCUCUACCUGGCUUACUUCGUCCGCGAGAGAGAUGCAGAGCAGAGCAGCAGCCCCCGGACGGGCAUCGGCUCAGACCAGGAGGACAGCAAACCCAUCACGCUGGAUUCAACAGACUUCCAGGAAAGCUUUGUCACCUCGGGGGUGUUCAGCGUCACCGAGCUCAUCCAGGUGUCCCGAACACCGGUGGUGACGGGCACGGGGCCAAACUUCUCCCUGGGGGAGCUGCAGGGCCACCUGGCCUACGACCUGAACCCCUCCAGCACCGGCAUGAGGAGGACGCUGCCCAGCACCUCCUCCAGCGGGAGCAAACGGCACAAGUCGGGGUCCAUGGAGGACGACAUCGACACCAGCCCGGGGGGGGAGUACUACACCUCCUCCAACUCCCCCACCAGCAGCAGCCGCAACUGGACAGAAGACAUGGAAGGGGGCAUCUCUCCCACCGUGAAGAAGACAGAGAUGGACAAGUCCCCCUUCAACAGCCCGUCACCCCAGGACUCCUCGCCCCGGCUGAGCAGCUUCACGCAGCACCACCGUCCCGUCAUCGCGGUGCACAGCGGUAUCGCUCGAAGCCCGCACCCGUCGUCUGCGCUGCAUUUCCCCACCACCUCCAUCCUCCCCCAGACGGCCUCCACCUACUUCCCCCACACGGCCAUUCGGUACCCGCCUCAUCUCAACCCGCAGGACCCGCUGAAAGAUCUCGUCUCGCUGGCCUGUGACCCGUCCAACCAGCAGCCCGGACCGUUAAAUGGAAGUGGUCAAGUGAAAGUGCCCAGCCACUACCUGCCCACGCAGAUGCUGGCGCCGCCACCUCCCCCCGGCAUGCCCCGCUUGGCCGUCUCUCCUGACACCAAAUCCACCACGACAACUACCGAGGGAGGGACGACCUCACCGACAUCACCCACCUACUCUGCACCAGGCACGCCCCCUGCGAACCGUUCCUUCGUGGGAUUAGGACCAAGGGAUCCUGGGAGUAUCUAUCAGGCACAGUCCUGGUACCUGGGAUAACCGCCGCCGUGCCGCCCCUUCGCCUCCCUUCUCCUCUGCUUUAGGCACCCCCAGAGGAACAUCCCCGUCCCCAAGCACCAGGCCCAGCCUUGCGGUGACGACGGAGAGCGCGGACUCAUGACGAUGACGACGACGACAAGCAAAACCCACACCUGAAGGAAA